UCACAAACGAGAAAAAAAAGCCACGGAUAGACUGAAAGCUACAAAACAACACACAUUUGCAUUGUCGGGCUGGCAGUGAAAGGAACUUUUUUCAAACAUCGAGCGUGCCUCGAGAACAGAAAAAAAGAGAAGAGAUUGGGUGUGUGAACACCAGAAAAUAAUAAAAAAAGGUUCCAAGUUGCACAACUUUUGCGUUUUUCGUGACUCUUUUGUGACGAAGUUUCUUGUGAGACUUUUCACUGUGAAGUUUGGAUUCAUAACGAUGUUUAGUGUUACUUUGUGAAGCUCAAAUUGGCUUCAUUUGGAUUAAACUUUGUGAAAAGAUUAAAGAAAUAAGUUUCUCUGUGUCAAAGUAUCAGUGUGCUCUUCACUCAAAAGGGAAAAAAAGAGAAUAAUAAAUAAAAACAAGAAGAGAAAAGUAUAGUUUUCUAAAGGAAAAGUGUGUGGAAAUUAAGCAAAACAAUUCCGUACACUUUGUAAAAGUCAAGUGAAGAAAGAAAAAAAAUUGAAACGAUGGCAAGCGCAACGGAUGGCGUGGAUGGUGCAGCUGCAACCAAAAAUGAGCCCGGUGAUGAUCAACCAUUUGUUGCCAAUAAUGAGAAGGUCAACAACAAUCUGUAUCUCUAUUCGGAUGAGAUACAUGAGCGUCCUCAAAUCACGUCGAUGAUCGGAUCCCUAGCCAAUUAUUCCAAUACGAUACCAUCUGCCCCCGAAGGUGGCGCUGAUGGUGAUGCCAAACCAGCACAACCCUCUGCUCGUAUGGGCACACUUAUUGGAUGUUAUUUGCCAUGUAUUCAGAACAUUUUCGGUGUGAUAUUGUUCAUUCGUUUGACAUGGGUGGUUGGAACUGCUGGCGCCAUUUGCGGUUUUGCCAUCGUUUUAACAUGCUGUUGUGUGACCAUGCUUACGGCUAUCUCAAUGUCAGCAAUUGCAACUAACGGAGUUGUGCCAGCGGGUGGAAGUUAUUUUAUGAUUUCAAGAUCUCUCGGUCCGGAAUUUGGUGGCGCUGUUGGAAUGCUGUUUUACACAGGAACGACCCUUGCGGCUGCAAUGUACAUUGUAGGUGCUGUGGAAAUUGUUCUGACAUACAUGGCUCCAUGGCUUUCAAUUUUUGGCGACUUCACGAAAGAUCAGGAUGCUAUGUACAACAAUUUUCGAGUUUAUGGAACGUGUCUCUUAAUGGUUAUGGGGUGCAUUGUUUAUGUGGGAGUGAAGUUUGUAAACAAAUUUGCAACAGUUGCAUUGCUCUGCGUCAUCUUCUCCAUUAUUGCUGUUUAUACUGGAAUAUUUACAAACAUCCACGGAAAUGAUAGCUUAAAUAUGUGCGUCUUGGGAAGGCGUCUCCUUAAGGACAUCAAUAUCGAUAAUUGCACGAAAGAUGUUGAUGGACCAUUGUGGAACGAAUUUUGUAAAGUCAUAAACAACACAAAUGAUCCACAAUUUGUCAGACAUUAUGACGAAUACAAAUUAAAAAGCAGGAACUGGGAAUGUGAUUCUUAUUUCAAAGCUAACAAUGUGUCAACCGUUCAAGGCAUCAAAGGAUUGUCAAGUGGCGUUUUCUUCGAGAACUUGAAGCCGUCAUUCCUCGAUUAUGGUCAAUAUAUUUCAUAUGGAGAUGAACAAAUUGAUAUAGACCCAAUCGGCCCAAGUACUUACAAUCAAGUCAUCGCUGAUCUCACGACAACGUUUACAAUCCUUAUCGGAAUCUUCUUCCCUUCUGUAACUGGAAUUAUGGCUGGUUCAAAUCGAUCUGGAGACUUAGCCGAUGCUCAAAAAAGUAUUCCGGUUGGAACAAUUUGUGCAAUUGUUACAACAAGCUUGGUUUACCUUUCUUGCGUGAUGCUUUUCGCUGGAACUGUUGAUAAUUUGCUGUUGCGUGACAAGUUUGGUCAGUCGAUUGGAGGAAAACUUGUCGUGGCAAAUAUCGCUUGGCCUAAUGAAUGGGUAAUUUUGAUCGGAUCUUUCUUAUCAACUCUCGGUGCUGGUCUUCAAAGCUUGACAGGUGCUCCACGAUUACUUCAGGCAAUCGCUAAAGACGGCAUCAUUCCCUUUAUUCAACCAUUUGCUGUAUCGUCGAGUCGUGGUGAACCAACCCGUGCUUUGAUUCUAACCCUCUGCAUUUGUCAAUGUGGCAUUUUAUUGGGAAACGUUGAUUUAUUGGCACCAUUGUUGUCCAUGUUCUUCCUUAUGUGCUAUGGAUUUGUUAAUCUCGCAUGUGCCGUUCAAACAUUAUUGCGCACACCAAACUGGCGUCCACGCUUCAAAUUUUAUCACUGGAUUUUGUCAUUUAUCGGACUUUCCUUGUGUAUUUCAAUCAUGUUGAUGACAUCGGUUGUGUUUGCUGCCAUUGCCAUGGGAAUGGCGGUCAUUAUUUACAAGUACAUCGAAUAUUGCGGUGCUGAGAAGGAGUGGGGUGAUGGAAUUCGAGGAUUGGCACUGUCAGCUGCUCGUUAUUCUCUGUUGAGAUUGGAAGAAGGUCAACCGCACACUAAGAAUUGGCGACCUCAGCUUUUAGUUCUCUGCAAACUGAACAAUGAUUUAAUGCCAAAAUAUCGCAAAUUGUUUGCAUUCGUAUCCCAGUUGAAGGCUGGAAAGGGUUUAACUGUUUGUAUGGCUGUUGUUCCCGGAGAUUUUGUGAAACGCCAUCAUGCAGCUCACACAGCAAAACAAAACCUUCGCAAGUACAUGGAUGACGAACGUAUUAAAGGAUUUGUUGACGUGUUAGUUACAAAGAAUGUACCCGAAGGAUUGUCACAUAUAGUUCAAACAACAGGCUUGGGAGGGUUGAAACCAAAUACAAUCAUUCUUGGUUGGCCAUAUGGUUGGCGUCAAAAUGAAGAUAGAAGAUCAUGGGCAGCAUUUUUGAAUACUGUUCGAACGAUAAGUGCUUCACGAAUGGCUUUACUCGUACCGAAAGGAAUUAAUUUCUUCCCUGACACUGCGUCGAAAAUUGGUGGCAAUAUUGAUGUCUGGUGGGUUGUUCACGACGGUGGACUUCUCAUGUUACUUCCAUUCUUGCUCAAGCAACAUCGCACAUGGAAAAAUUGUAAAAUGAGAAUCUUUACCAUUGCACAAAUGGAAGACAACUCAAUUCAGAUUAAGAAAGAUUUGAAAAUCUUUUUGUAUCAUUUAAGAAUUGAAGCUGAAGUUGAAGUUGUGGAGAUGAUGGAUAAUGACAUAUCAGCGUAUACUUAUGAAAGGACUUUAAUGAUGGAACAACGAAACCAGAUGCUCCGCGAACUUCGUCUUAACAAAAAGGAAUCAAUGGGAGUGGUGCCAAACAUUGGUGAUUACAGCAAUGAUUCCGGCGAGGACAAAAUGCCUUUGGUACAAGCGAUAGUAGAUCAUCAUCAUCCCGGACAUGAUGGAACAAGAACAACAAUUAGCAAAGUUAGAUUCGUUGAUCCAACGAAACCGGAUGCCAACGAGAAAACUGAAUCGAAUGAAUUUGAUCCAUUUGAUCCGAAAAUUUUCAGAGAUGAAGGCAAUGUGCGCCGUAUGCACACAGCUGUGAAACUUAAUGAAGUGAUUGUUAACAAAUCCCAUGACGCUCAAUUAGUAAUUCUCAACCUACCGGGUCCACCGAAGGACACAUCUAUGGAACGAGAAUGCAAUUACAUGGAAUUCUUAGAAGUUCUAACCGAAGGCUUAGAGCGAGUUCUGAUGGUGCGAGGUGGUGGCCGUGAAGUCAUUACUAUUUACUCUUAAGUUUUGACGCUUAAGACAUGAAUAAGAAAAGAAAUUAAAGAAAUGAUAAUUAAAUAUUAAGAUAACAACAAAAAUAAUAUCUAGGAAACAUUUGAAUAUGAAGCAGAGGCAGGAUGGCAAUGACGUUUUGAACCAAAACGAUAAAUAGAAACAUAACAAAAAGAAACAACACAUACAUCGUAGUUAAUUAGAAGAAUGAUUAAUUGAUGAAAUCUUAGAAUUCAAAAAGAAAAUAUAAAGAAACAUAUAAAGGCAGUUCAAAGGUAAAUCAAACUCCUUUCUUAAUUAAUUAAAAACUUCAAUAAAAAAAUGACAACAUGUGUUCUUUCUUAAUAAUUAAGAAACUAUAAAAACCAAAAAAUAAUAAAAAAAGUGAAAAUAAACUUUGGAUAAUUCUAAGUCAAUGAUUGGAGAAGAAAACUGUCGGAAUGAUUUCAUAAAUUGCGCAACAUUUCAUCAAUGAAAAACAAACAAAAAGAAAAGCUGUCGACUUCGUGGCAAAAGUUGCCACAAAACCCCAAAUAAAAAACAGUCGUUAAAAUAAACUUCGGGAAGAGAUAUUACAGUAAAUCUCAAUUUUUAAAGAAAGUUACGCAAUUUAAGGAAAAUAUUCUUUCUAGGAAAAAAAACGAGUCUUGAAUGGAAAAAACCACAGGGAGAAGACGAAAUUAAUAAUUCAUUAGUAAAAAGAUUCCAUUUUACCAUCGUUCGAUAUCGGCAUAUAGAAUGAAAACGAGAAUUAAUAAGUAAUAAAUAAACUUAAAGUUAAAGUUAUAAAGGCGAAUGAUAAUGGAACAGACAAAUUAGGAGGGAGAAUGAUGGGUUUGAUCAACCUCUAAGGCAUAUUUUCGAGAAAGUUUCAUGAGAACUAGAGACGACAUCCUUUCGAACACGAAUACGAGCUCUCAACACUCUCAUAAAACAUCUCGAGAAUCGCUUAAAGCUCAUUUAAAGGAAAACUUUCCAUUUUGGAUUGUUUAAUUCGUGUUUUUUACAAACUUUUUUGUGUCCAUUUUCGAAUCUAAAACCAUGAUAAUUCCUUUCGGAAUCAAGAAUUUAAUUUCUUUCAUCAAAAAUUUUCUUGUUUAAAAAAUAAAAGCAGAAAAUGAAUUCUCGAUUGAAUACCCAAGUAACAGAGCUUCAAGUCGAACUGAAUGCAUUAUAAAGGUAAAUGAAACUUUUUGAUUAAAAGAUAAAUUAAACAUCAUCCAGUACACGGUUUUGAGUCUGUAAAUUUAAAUAUGAGCCGCUAAUUAGUGUAAUUUUCUAUAAAUAUUCUGUGAAAAUUGGCAAAACGGAAAUUUAAUUUCUCUUUCCGUAGUCAAAUUGACAAUGAAAAUUAAAACAAAAGAGAGAAAAGAAAUCAAAUUGAACACAAUCAAAAACCAAAAAAUAAACAAAGAUUUGCUUUGGUUACAUGAAAAGCACUUUAAAUCACAAUGCUUUCCAUCGAUUUUACUUCAAUAUUGUUUAUUAAAAGGAAAUAAAAAUUUAAAAGCAAUAAUAUAUUAUCCACAAGACAUUGAGAAGAAAAGCUGUUCUUUCAUUUUCAAGAACGAACCCCAAAGAUAUUUAGAAAGUAAAUGAAAGGGAAUAAAUAAAUUUCUUGUGAUUUCCGACGUUAAAGAACUGCAUAUUCUUGUAUUAUUUGAAAUUCUACGCAAUAUAAACUUAAACGAUUAAAACACGAGCGAAGAUGGAAAAAAGUUUAAAUGAAUAAUUUGAAUAAAAUUUUUCACGCUUCUGAAGACGAGAAAGAAUGUUAAUUGUAUUUGUAAAUAUAUUUUGAACAAGUUUUUCUUUGUUUUAUCGAGAGUGCUGGGACUAAGGCGGAUGUAAAGUUUGCUUUUAAAUGGUUCUACUACCUGGGUAGAAGGAAAUUUACACGACAAGGAAGAAAAAAAACUAAUUCAACUUAAAGUUUUGUGAAAAGUUUUAACUGAAGCAGGGAUUUUUGAUUCAGAUAUUCCUUUUUAAUUUUUUUACACCUGAAAACGUAAAUUAAAGCUGUAUUGAGUUUCGCUCGUUAUCGGAAAAUUCAUUGAGCCAGAAAAAAAAAACAAGGAAUUAAGAACACGAACAAUAGAGAAUCGUAAAAGGUAAAAAUGCUAAUUAAGCGAUGAAAACUUUGUUAUUCCUCUUAUUAAACUCAUUUGCCUGCUUCUCGCUUUAUGUUUUGCAUUGUUUCAUGGUUACUCUGGAUCACCCAAUAUUAGCUUUACUCUCAUGAAGCUUAAUUACUCUGUGGGUGUCUCCAAUGUCUAUUUGCAUCGACAUUUUACUUAACUAUCACAAAUUUUCGCUUCGAAACACGAGAUGUGUAAUUAAAAUUAAACAAAAGCGAUCUCUAUCCGUCCUUGUGAAGCUUAAUUUGAAAAGAAAAAUUAAAUAAAAUUAAUUGUAUAUUGAGUAAGUCUUACUAGAAAAGAAAGAACUAGAAAUUACCAGACAGUAUUUCAUCAUCGAUUGUGAUUAAUUAACAGAUGCUCAUUCAAUUGGCUUUAGCAAUUUAUUUUACAAGAAUUUCAUACAAAUGAGAAGCAAUCGAGAAGAUGAAUGAAUGAAGAAGGGAAAAUGUUUCAACGUCUUGUCAACAACAUAAAACUCGACUAUAACUCUCUCAUAAAUUCAAAUAAAUCUUAUGAAUCAGAAAAAAAACUUAUCCUUCAAAAGAAUCUUCAAUGACUGAGAAACAUCCAAGUUGAGUUGAUAAAUAUUGAGAAUUAUUCUCAUUUUUGAACGCCCCCACCUAUAAGCGAAUUAAUAAAUGGUACAUAAGAGUUGCAGACUCGUGCGAGUUUGAUAAAUACGAUAAGAAGGCUGUCAAGUUCACCUUCUUUUUCUUUCAUUUCAACAACUGAGAAUGGUUGAACAGAACAGAAAAGAUUUUUUUUCUUUCGGUGAGAAGAUGGCGAGAAGAAUGAAACGACAAGUAAUUUUCUGCUGUUUGCGACACUUUUAAAGAAAUAAAUAUUGUAAUGUUAGAUAAGUCACAUUUCGUAAAAAAAUCUCAUUCGAUUUAAUAUAAAAUUCAAAAGCUUCUGAAAAGUCAUCGUAGCAAUCUCUUAUAGGCUUCUAAUGUUUCGAAAGCUCCAUUAAUAUGAACGUGACAUAAUUCCAAAUUAUAUUCAAGAGAAAGUAAUGGUGAGAAUUAUUAACUCGCCAUCACACCUCUCGAUGAAAACAGUCAAGCAAUUUAUUAUGAGAAUGAAAUUCACGUUCAGCACUCUCGUUUAGAAGAAAUACGUAAGGAAGAACAAACAUAACAACUUAAGUAUAAUUGAUAAGAACUUUUUACUUAUGACAUUCGCUUCGUCAAAAGCUUUUCGUGUCUUUUUUAUAAAAAAAGAAUAAUUUUUCAAAUAAGUAAUUCGUCUCUUUUGUGUGACAGACAAGGAAUGUCCAAUAUCUAUUCAUGCAAAUCACUUCUCCAACAAUAAAUUUGACGAAUUUUUCUCAAUUGUGAAACUAAAUUCAUCAUCUCAAAAUCAGAAAAAUAAAAAAAGGAUUUAACAUGAAAUGUCAUGAUGAAGAUGAAGAUCGAAAAGAAACCAAAGGUCGAUUCGAUUGAGUGAGUACAUGAUAUGUUAUUGAUUAGUGCUUUGGAAUGGUGACAGAUUGAUGUUUCUUCCGCAACAUUGGCUACCUUUCGUGAAAGACAAGAGAAGACUUAUUACAUACGACCGUAAAAACGAAUCGUAAGGAAAUUGUACUCGAAAUAGGUCAUCUAGCUUGCUCACAUUAAUGAAACAUCCGUUUGAAAAUUUUAGGAAUCUCUCAUGAGAGAAUCCUACAACCUUUAUUUCCAACUAACCCAGUAGUGAAAUGUUAAUUAGUAACAUUCCUACACAAAGAAAAAAUUAAAACUUUCACAAUUUUGCCAGUGCGAAAAAUUUGUUAAAUUAAAAUAAAGUUGGAAAAGCGAUUAAAUAACUUCAUUUGUAUAUUAAGUGAUAGACUUAUCAAAUGUCACUUAAGAUCUUUAAUUAGGACGGUUAAAAGUCGAAAUAAUGAGAAAUCUGAGGAAUAUUUUAGACAAAACAUUGUUAACAGUGGAUGGAACGUAAGGUGGAAACACGAGAACCAAAUGAUAAACUUCAUGAAAAAACAUGAUUUAACUGAAUAAACAGAAUUCGUACAAUUAGGGCCUUUAAAAUGAGAAACUUAGCAACUAUUUAUCAUUUCGAUUCACGCCUCAUUUCGUUAGACAAUUGUGGCGAAAUCAUAAAUGGAACGAAGUGUUGAUGUUGGCGAAAUUUUUUUAACGCGAAUAACGAUAAUGGGAAAAAAAUGUUAAAAUUAAUUAUUCUUGCUGUCAACCGAAAGAAAUAUUAAAGUUAGUUAAAAUGUAAAUCUAGUUUAUUAGAUGUUAAAAUCAUGCUAUUUGUUUGUUCAUUAAAUGCGCGUCGAUUAGCAAGGAUUAACAUGCUAAGAAAGCAUAUUGUAUUUAAUUAUAUUAUGCACUAAUUGUUGCUUGAUUUAUGUAAAUAAUUUCAACAUUUUUAUGUUUUUCCAACACCCUUUUCCCAUACGACUCCACUUGAUAUGCGAAUUUUUAUGUCGCCUGUUAACUUAAUUAUUAAUUAAAUCAAAAUUUAUGCAUAUAGCAAUUUCAUGCCAUUGCUGGUAAAGUUUGCUAUUUGAAGACAUUUUGGCUCAAACAAAUUUCAUGUUUUCCUUUUUCUUUCAUUGCAAAAUUUGAAAGCAUUCGCACAUGCCGGUAAAGAUCAAAAAUUGCGCUAACAUUCAAAUAAAUGGGAAAAGAAAAAGAUAUCUAAAGGAAUCAAAUUUAUUCAAACAGAUAUAAUCGCUAUCAAAUUUCAAGAAUAAAGAUAAGAGAAGAAGUCGUUUUAGUACGCAUCGGAAAACGAUUCGUUAUGAUAAACAAAAGGGGAAUCCUUUUAGAAGCGGAAAAACAAUCCGCAAAUCAUUUUGGUCUUUCGUGGCCACUCCAUCCCAUCUGCCGUUCGUUUUCCUUUUAGUUUACCAACCGUACGAUUUUACUUCCGUUCAGUUUACCCACCGCAGUACUCAUGCCAAUGAGAAAACAGUAAAGAAUUCUCCCUUGACAAAACACCAUCCCACAAGGCGAACGACUCGUAACACUUAAGUUAUUUUCCAUUAAGCAAGGAUGGAAAUUAUUAGGAAAGUGAGAAAAGAAAAGUUUCUUGGGGUAGGCGAAAAGAAAAAAUAAUGUAAGAAGAAUAUUAGAUGGAAAUAAGAAAGAUAUUACGUAGAGGAAAAAGGUUAAACAGGAGGAAAAGAAGAAAAAGAAAAAUCAAGGAACUUAAACGGUUUCCAUCUAUUAUUAACUCUUCAAUCAAAUUCCAAAAGUUGCCAAAAACAAAAAAGAAAAAAAUAUAUAUAAAUAAAUCUAUAUAUCUAUAUAGAAAGAGAGAAGAAAGGAAACAUUUUAUUAUGUAAUUGUAUUAUAUGAAAAUAUAAAAGUGAAUUUUAAUGAAAAAACUUUAAAAAAAACCAAAACACUAUAUGAGAAGAAAACUGUUAUGAAGAAAAGUUUGUUUUUAUUUUAUUGAAAGAAAAAAAACUUAUUAGAUAUUUUAUAUUGAAGUUUGUUCAUGAUCAGAAUCUAUUAAUUCUACGUUAGGAAUGAAAUAUAUAUUUUAUCUACUUUUUCAAAGAGCGUUUUAUGCCAUCAGCCAUCAAAGAAGAAAUAGAAAUUUAGGAAAUGAUUUCUCCGUCGAAAAAUUUCGUUGGUUUCUCACGACAAACAGAAACAAAAGAAAACGUUUAUCACGUGCUGUUAUUUAUUGAUUGAUUUCUCUUGGUAAAAAAACAUUAAACUUUCAUUUUUGUCAAAAAUGCCAGGGUCACCAUAAGAACGACAAACGAGAACAAAACAAGACUGGUGCGCGAAACUUUAAUGCAAAUCAAGCUGCGAAGAUUUUAUCAAGCGAAGGUUGAAUCCCAUUGUGGAAAGAGAUUUUCUUUUUAUAUAUUUCGUAAAAUACUUUCAGAAUUCAUUUCACAUCUGAUCUGGAUUCAUUGUGAAUUAAAAUUCCCAAAGAAGCGUGACGAAUUGAACAUUCGUUGAAAAUAAAUUCAUGAGAUAAGUUACUCUACCGACAUCACGGGAUUUCUUUUUUCUCUCGCUCUGACGCUUUUUGGAUUUAAAGAAAAAUCCAGGAAGUUCCGUCUUUUUAUAUGAUGUCAAAUUGCUUUUAUUAAGAAUACAUACAUUGACAGAAACGAUAUAAAGUCUUUGCUUAAAGAAAGCAUAAAAAUUUUUCUUUUAUGUCAAAAUUGUUCUGUUGUCGUUUUGUCGUGUUUCGAUUUUUCUUUUUCGCUUUGAGACUACAGAAGAAAAUUCUUUAAAUUUUAUCUAGCUAGUGAAAUUGUUUAUGAUAACAUCUUUAAAUAAGAAAGUGAAAAGGAAACAUCUUGUGACAUGCGAUGUAAAUGCCUUGAAGUCAAUGUUUGCUUCAUCGUUAGAAUUUCUCAAACUUUUCACUCGACAAUCCUCACUCGGUUACAACACUUGAGGGGUUUAAAUAGAUUUUCGUUUCAACACUCUCCGCAUGUUUGAGGAUAAGCCUAGAAUUUCUCUUUGAAAAGUUGAAAUGGUUGACAAAGCGGUAUAACAAUAAUGACAGUUUGUGGCUUGACUGCCUGAGAGAUAGAUAGGAAACCGAGCAGCCACGUGCCGUGAAUUACAAUCAUUUGUCGAUAACUUAUUGAUUUUCCAUUAAGUGAUACUUUUGAUCAUGUUUUAUUUCAAAGCAAAAAAAAACUUUACGCUUUCAUGUCGUGUCCUUUUUCCUAAACUUCUCGUCUUUGUUGACUGUUAAAAAAUUUAACGAGACCAUAAAAAAAGAUUUAAUAAAAAAGACUUUGAUGUUUUGUUUUGUUUUUGAAAUAUAUUUGACUCAAGAGAAAAUUUAAUAUAUUUAUUUUUAAAUGUUCUAUAGUUUUGUAACAAGCUUAAAAUAUUUAAAGAAUGAAAAUACUUUUAAGUGUUAAAAAUGAAAAAUUUUGUUUAGAAAUUAUACAGAGAACAACAAAGAAGAUGUAGAAACUUCAAUUACAAAAAUCCCUUCUUUUGACCUGAAACGUUUUCUAAACCUUCACAAUUUUAAGUCGAUUUAAAUGGUAAUGUAACAAGAGAAAACGAAUGCCAGGAAUAGCUAGCAGGGACAUUUGAAUGCUAUUUUGAGCCAAGUAUUGGAAAAGUUCACAGAAAAUAACUUUGGUAAAAGUAAAAUAAAAGUUUUCUUGAAAUUAAACUCUGAAAUUUGGCUUUAAAUUUCUUGCAAUGGAACAAAAAUUAAAAUGAUUAUAAUCAUCGCUAAGCAUUCAAGUCGUAAUGAAAAAAAAGAAAUAAUACCAGAAGUAAAGGUCGAUGAACUGUCGAUACUGUUUACGACAAGUAAUUGAAAUUUAAUUAUUUGGAUUAUAGAAUGAUCAAUAAAAAGUAAAGACAUUAUUAACAUUUCUUCAUAGAAUUAACAAGAUGAAAUGGAAAUUAAAGUUUCUUGAUAGUUAAUUAAAAUAAAAUUAAAGAAAAAAGACAACAUGUAUGAAAUCAAAAUGAAAUCGAUAGAAUAAAUUGGGUAAAUUGAAACAUUAAAUUA